AUGGCGUGUGUUGGACCAACACACUAUAGGGAUCUGCUGAAGAGCUCAGAAAAAAAAUAUGAUAUUUGUAAUGUUGCUCCCAAUCUUGGCAGACUGGCAGGUCUACUUGGGAAUUACAAUCAUGAGCCUUCCGAUGACAGCCAGGGUCCAGAUGGCCAAGCAGUAAGCUGCCCAGCACAGUUGGCUACCAGGUGGGCUGUUGGGGCUGAGCCGUGCUACCAGGCCAACCAAGCACUGCAGGUGGAGGUUAAGUCAGCAGAUGUGAAGAGUGUGGAUGAGUGCUCAGCUCUCUUCCUGAAAGGCAAUAGUCCCUUCAACAGAUGCUUCUACUCUGUGAGCCCUCUGCCAUACUUCACACACUGCAUUACUGACAAGGACACAAGCACAGGAGGGAAGCCAGGCCAUGAUGUGUGUGGUGCAGUGACAGCUUAUGUCACACAGUGUCUUACACAGGGACUUUCACUUCCAUAUCCAAACAAGUGUAAGAGAGGCAAGGAGAAGAGCAGUCCAGGCCCUACAGUCCCAGUAUUGAGUGGAUCAUGUGAAGUGCCUGAGGGAAAGCCUGUUCCCAGCCAGUGGUCCAAGACAUUCCAGGGAGAAACACAAGGCUCAGCAGACAUUGCCUUCAUCAUUGAAUUGGCCAAUUGCAACAAGGGCAAGAACCUACGGCAGUUCCUUCAGCUCCUUAAGGUCUAUACAAGAAAGGCAGGCAGUGAGGAUGUGCGCUAUGCCCUCCUGAUGGUGAAGGAAGGCAGCAUGGGCCAACCAACACCCUUUAUGAAGGAGGAAGACAUGGUGGGUCAUCUCAACACUCUGGAUCUUCAGGGACCCAAGGAUGACCAGGGAGGAGCAGCUGCUAUUAUUUCAGCUGCCAAAAGUCUCAAGUGGCGUCCUGGAGUGUCCCGCACCAUUGUCCAACUGUCAUGUCGGCCGUGUGAUGCAGGGGAGGUAGUGCACCAGGCCCUACAAGAAAAUGAUAUUACCUUCCACCUUGUCACAAAGCACAAAGUCACUAUGGCUGGGCCGGAUGCUAAGAGGAGCGAGAUCAUGGCCAGAAAACUGCUAGGAUUUGAUAGCAAAUUUGGCUACACUGUCAGAGGUAAGAUUUCAUUGUUCAAAGGUGUAAAUUUUUUAUCUUUGUGCCUCUGAUUUUUUAAAUAACUC